AUGGCGUCGUCUAUCUCUAGAAAACUCUCCGGCGCGAUAUUCUCCAAAUACAGACAAAAUACCUCAGUAUCGAAGCUGAAUUCUCUUCCUUCCUGCACCAGAACCCUAUUUUCCGCAGAAAACGAUUCACACUCCGAGUCCGACUCGGAACUCGCCCCACUCACCCCCGAUCAGUCCCCUCCAGACCAAAAACCGGCCGUCGUCGAACGGACGCUCGAGGACGGCCUGGAACUCGGUAUCUACAAGGCAAUAUUGGUUGGGCAGCUAGGGCAGGCGCCUAUCCAGAAGAAACUCAGGAGCGGCAAAACGGUCACGCUGCUGUCCGUGGGAACUGGAGGCAUUAAGAACAACCGGCGGCCGCUGGAUAACGAGGACCCGAGGGAGUACGCCAACCGCUGUAACGUGCAGUGGCAUCGGGUUUCCAUCUACCCGGAGAGGCUGGGUGACCUCGCCUCCAAGAAUUUCGUCCCUGGCUCGAUCCUGUACGUGGAAGGGAAUCUGGAGUCGAAGGUCUUCAAUGACCCCAUCACGGGCCUCGUCCGGCGGAUUCGAGAGGUGGCAGUCCGGAGGAACGGGCGGGUUGUGUUCCUGGGGAACGGAGGUGGUUCGGAGCAGACGUCCAGAGCUAAUGUCUCAGGCGUUGGCUAUUACUGA